CUUAUCCUCCACGGUGGCAACACCCACGACAGCUUAAUAAGUAAGAGUGGCAGAGUGCGCGAUGGUAGAAAGAAUUUUUGGCGGAAAGUUCUACCGCAACAGUUAACAUGACCCAGAUUGCGAGACGUAUCCUAGACAUUCCAGACAUCAGUGACAGGGCAUUCCUCAUCACUGUACAAUGCGGACUUGUCUGGCAUGCAGAGUGGCGGCACGAAUGCGUACUAAUCCUAUUUAUUGGUAAAAUACCGGUUGGUUGUCGGUGAAUUUUCUUGGUGUUGUGUGGCACAAUCCGCUACCCUGAAAGUGAUCGGUGCCUCGGUUAUUUGGUUCUAUGUGGGUGGGGCAAUAGGAUUAAGAUGUUGUGUUACAUAGUGUCAUGUUGCCUACCGAUGGCUACUCCUAAUAUAAGGACUCCUUAGUGGAUGUACGAAUGGGGGACUUAGCUCGCGGCCCAUCUGCACCCCAUUCGAAUAUCACCAUGUCUCCGUCCCAUUCUCGUUUUGCGCAGAAAACGUUCGGGGCAUUGAUCGUCUGCACGAUUUUCUCUUCUUUUCUCCUUGCAGUACAACACUACCAGGCUUGUCUUUAUUUGAAACGAUUUUGGAGAAAAGACCCCAGAUACUUUCGGUACAAUGUAAUCGUAGUAACAGCGAUCGACACAUUGCACCAUAUGUUCUGUGUUUACACGCUGUAUAUGUAUCUCGUUGCAUAUAUUAGCAGACCCCAACUUACGCAGCACUUCACAUGGUCAAUAACAUCGACUGUGUUCACAGAAACACUUGUCAGUUACCUUGUCCAAAUGUUUUAUGCAAGACGAUGCUGGCUCUUGAAUAAGAAACGGGUAGUUUUAACUGGCUUUAUCGUAUUUUGGGCCCAUGUACAGUUGGGCUUUGGACUAUGGUCAAUGGCUACAACCGUGAUGGUAAAUACAAUCGCAGAGUACAUCAGACCCAAACACCAGUGUCCUCCUACCCUUGCUGGCGUAUCUGCCGCGCUUUGCGAUGUUCUCAUCACAUACUCCGUGAUCAGUGAACUUAUGGGAACCAAGACUAGGUUCAGAUCGACGGAUAGGGGCAUAAAACGUCUUAUUGCAUUCACCUUCGGCACUGGCACUUUGGCCAGUGUGAUGGCCUGCACUAUUGUCGUUGCGUUUUUGACCGGAUUUGAUUCUGCCCUUGGAUUCAGCUACCUUCUAUGCAGAAUCUAUAGCAACAGUCUGCUUGCGUCGCUCAAUCAACGCGGUAACUGGUUUAAGCAUCUCGACCACUCCGGUUCUGAUUGGGUGGAGACUGCCGCAAAUCCGAAGAUACGUCCCUCGUCGAGGACUUUUCGGUCGGGCCCCUCGACUCAGAUCCUCCGUUCUCAUCACAAUCGUGGGACAGGUGCGAGCCGUGAUAUACCCAGAUCUCUGAAUGAUGAUGUUGUUCGUAUGAAGUUUUUACUUUCCGCGAGUGUUGGCUGACCGACGUUCUUUUCGUGCGGAUAGUAUGAACUUCGAAAGUUUGUUGAGCAUGGGCGGUCCGCGAAAUCGCCUUGCCACCUGCGGGAGUCCUAGUUUCCCUCAAUCCCCGAUUCCAUGA